AUGGCCAACGCCUCGGUCACAGCUCAGCGUACCCUACAUAUGGCAAGGCAGAAAGUCAUGGUGAUGAAAGAGUGUGUAGUUAGUUUUCUAAGGAGAAAUGCUUUAAUUCUUCUCACCGUUGCUGCUAUUAUCAUGGGGAUUGGCCUGGGCUUUGCUCUGCAACACACUAACAUGACAGCCAGAGACAUACAAUACUUCACCUUUCCUGGAGAGCUGUUGAUACAGAUGCUACAGAUGUUGAUACUUCCUCUCAUCACCUCCAGUCUUAUUACAGGCAUGUCAUCUGUGGACAGAAAGGCUUAUGGGAAAAUCGGUCUCCGGGCUAUUUGCUAUUACAUAGCGACAACCUUCAUGGCUGUGUUCGUUGGCAUCAUCCUAGUUGUUCUUAUCCAGCCAGGGAAAUCAUCCGGGAAGUCUUCAACGUCCUCUGGUGGUAAAGUGGAAGCUGCGCAGCCUCUGGAUGCCUUUCUGGAUCUGAUCAGAAACAUGUUUCCCUCAAAUCUGGUGGCUUCUUGUUUCAGAAGGUAUAAAACUGUUUAUUCCGAAACUCUUGGUGACGACAAUCUGAAUCAAACAAGUAAGUUCAACGACACAGUGCUGCUGCCAGGCACCUCAGAUGGGGUCAACAUUUUGGGUUUAUUGGUCUUCUGCAUCGCCUUUGGCUUCAUCCUGGGCAGUAUGGGGAAUGAGGGAAAACCUCUCAGGGACCUCUUUGAAUGCCUGAAUAAAGCCACCAUGCUUCUGAUCAGCAUAGUCAUCUGGUACUCCCCAGUGGGAAUCCUCUUCUUGGUUGGAGGACAGAUUGUGAAGCUGAAACACAUUCAAGUUGUCGGUCUCCAGCUUGCAAUGUAUACUGUCACUGUGAUCACCGGCCUGGUAAUCCACUUCUUCCUCACCCUUCCCCUCAUCUAUUUCAUGUUCACUUGUAAGAAUCCCUUCAGGUUUAUGCUUGGUCUACUAGAGCCUCUCACCACUGCUCUUGGGACUUCAUCAAGUACUGUGACUCUACCCGUCACUCUCCGCUGUCUGGAAAAGAAUCUCCACAUGGACAAACGGGUGACACGCUUCAUGCUGCCUGUAGGGACCACAGUGACCUUGGAUGGCACAGCGCUUUAUGAGGCAGUAGCUUCCAUAUUCAUCGCCCAAGUUCAUAAUAUGGAGCUUAAUAUAGGUCAAAUCAUCAUCAUCAGCAUCACUGCCACAGUUGCAGCUAUUGGGGCCACAGGUAUCCCACAGGGCGGCAUGGUAUCCAUGGCGAUAGUGUUGACAUCAGUUGGACUGCCCCUCCAAGGCAUUUCAUUUAUCAUCGCUGUUGACUGGAUCCUAGAUCGCUUGAGGACGACAACCAACGUGCUGGGUGACUGUAUCGGUGUGGGUAUUGUGCAGCAUCUCUCCAGACAUGAGCUCCAGAGCUUCAGUUCUGCAGAAGCAUGCCUAGUGGAAGAAGACUAAGUGAGUCCUUCUAACUGAGAGACAAUACCACGGUACACCCUUGAUUACUAUUCUUGCUGCAACAAGUCGUUGUAAAGGUUAUUUUAUUUUUUAUUUAACCUUUAUUUAAUCAGGAGAGUUUCAUUGACAUUAAGAAUCUUUUUUCCAUGGGCAACAGGCAGCAGCAUAAAAACACACCCUUACAGACAGAAAACACAAAGGGAAGCAAAAAAUUUAAAUGAAACUAAAAAUCAAACAUUUCAACAAAGAAAUUUAUUAAGAGAGUAUUUUUAUGCUAAAUUAAUGUUGAAGAAAAUGCAUGAUGGCACCGGUGCAGACAUAUCAUAUAUUACUCUAUUACUAUAUAUACUUUAUAUAUAAAGAAAUCUAUCUAUCUAUCUAUCUAUCUAUCUAUCUAUACUUCUAUCUAUACAUCUGGCUGGCCAUUUUAAGAAAACACAAACAAUGUCAUAGGAGUCCUGAAAACUCAGUAUAAUCUGACCUAAUGUACAGGAACUCCUCUGAUAAUGUCUCACUGUAAACAAAUAAAUAAAUAAAUAGCUUACACUCUGCAUCAUGAAGAGCACAACUGUGUUUUAUGAUAAAGAGCAGUUGUGCUCGAAACAUAAAUAUGCAAUAAAUUAGUGAACAUUGGAGCCCUGCAGUGUGCGAGUUAUUUAUUUAUUUGUUUAUUACAUGAUCUGCUCACUUUAAGCUCAUCACCUGUCCUCUUUUGGAUUGAAUGUGAAUGCAUGUAUAUAUGCCUUUUCAAUGUCUCACUAUACUCAAUUAUUGACUUUUGCUUGUGUGGUCUGAGCUGGAUCUCAAUUUUUUUGUGAUAAUUUCAAUCAGAAAUGACUGAAAUUGCAGCUGCUCUCUAAAAAUGUGCAGCAUUUUGUGAGAAAUUGCCAUAAUAUUUAAAAAAUAGCAAGGCCUCUGGGAUAAAUCUAAUUGCUUAGUGGAGCUUUUUGAGGGGAAUACACACAGAGUAUGUAUCCCCAUGUCUACAUGAAGUUGUCUUUCCUACUGAAAUAGGAAGUCUUUUAUAAGUCAUAACAUAACUGUUGGGAAGAGGGAUUUCUGAGAUUGAGGAUUGAUUUAGUUUAAAAUGUGCUGGUCACUGGAGAAGACUGCAAGCAUUCUUCAAAUUUGACUAUUUUUUGUGUAAAUAAAGUAAGGAUUGGGCAAAAUUGUUCUAGCAAGAAUUGUGACGUUUCCUUUUCCUUUGACUAAAUGUUGACCAUUUUAAAAUUCUUUGUUGUUCUGUUGUAAUAUCAUAAAACAAUAACACUUCAGUUUAGACUUUCUUGAUAUAAUGUUUAGACCUUCUUGAUAAAAUGUCACAUUUCUG